UCGCGGCCCGGGCCAUGGGGCUGGGCGGAUCCGAAGCUCGGCCGAGCUGAGGCAGCGGCGCCCGUUCGCGCAGCCCGCUCGCCGGCGCCUGACCCUCACGAUGAUGAAGAAGAAGAAGUUUAAGUUUAAGGUGGACUUCGAGCUCGAGGAGCUCUCCUCGGUGCCCUUCGUCAACGGGGUCCUCUUCUGCAAGAUGCGGCUGCUGGACGGCGGCACCUUCACCGCGGAGUCCUCCAGGGAGGUGGUGCAAGCAAAUUGUGUUCACUGGAGAAAGAAGUUCUCGUUUAUGUGCAAAAUGAGCGCCAGUGCCUCCACCGGCAUCCUGGAUCCCUGUAUCUACAGAGUGUCUGUACGGAAGGAAUUAAAAGGUGGGAAAGCUUACGCAAAGCUGGGCUUUGCAGAUCUAAACCUGGCAGAGUUUGCUGGAUCGGGAAGUACCACCCGUCGCUGCUUACUGGAAGGCUAUGAUACCAAAAAUACAAGACAGGACAACUCCAUUCUUAAAGUUUUGAUCAGUAUGCAGCUGAUGUCCGGUGACCCAUGCUUUAAAACGCCUCCUUCCACAUCCAUGUCAAUACCAAUCGCUGGGGAAUCGGAGUCUCUGGAAGAGGAUAGGAAAGGCGGCGAGACCCUCAAAGUGCAUCUUGGGAUAGCAGAUCUUUCAGCGAAGAGUGCCUCCGUUCCAGAUGAACUUGGUGCCUGGGGACACUCUAGAACAUCAAGCUAUGCAAGCCAACAGUCCAAAGUAUCAGGGUAUAGCACAGGCCACUCCCGGUCAUCCAGUUUCUCCGAAUUCUGCCACAGGAGAAAUACCUCAGUAGGAAGCACGUCAACAGGGAUUGAAAGCAUUCUUGAGCCAUGUGACGAAACUGAGCAAAUCACAACUGAACCAAAUCCAGACCCCGCCACCGCUGCCGCUGCUGUUAAGGAAGAAGAAGCUCCGGAGAAACUCCCCAGAUGCCCAGUGAAGCAGGAUUCCGUUGAGUCUCAGCUGAAGCGGGUCGACGACACCAGGGUGGAUGCUGAUGACAUCGUGGAGAAGAUCCUACAGAGUCAGGACUUCAGCCUCGACUCCAGUGCAGAAGAAGAAGGGCUGAGGUUAUUCGUGGGACCUGGGGGAAGUACAACCUUCGGCAGCCACCACCUUCCAAACAGGGUAGGAUCUGGAGCCUAUGAGCAAGUUGUAAUCAAACGCUAGAAGUGAAGCAGGCGGGCGGAAGCUUCCCUGUGUGGACAAGAGGAGUUCCAAGGUGUGUUAGUCAAGCAUGUAAGAAAAA